GCAUACACCGCGGGCGGAGUCGUGCGGUAAUCGUUAAUUAGACUGUACGUGUAAUUGCGGCUCGCGCGACGCCGGUGUGGCGUGACCGUAAAAGAGCCCGCGCGGCCGAGCAGGCUCGUUAUCGCGACCGUGUCGCAACCGCGCCUCGCCGAUAGCGGCGUACAGUUUCGCCGGGUCCUAGCUCUCCGCGCCCGCCGUCGCCCUUCCGCGUAGCGCACGCGCGCGUCACCCGCCACGGGCAGAGCGGAGCGUGGAGUGGAGCGUGGCAAACUCGUCCUCACUCUCGUCCGUCCGGUGGGCCCGGUGGCACGUUUCGGAUCGCGCCCGAGCGGGGCACAGAAAAAUGAGUAUUUUCCUAAAUAUAUCGGCCGCCUUUUGGUCGCCGAAGAUUUGGUUGCCUCCCAACAUCACGUGGGAGGACAUCAGUCCGAAUGCAGACAAUAAAUAUGCGAAUUAUCAGCAUUUAAUAUUCCCGCUGCCCAUGGCGUUUGUUCUCCUAGGAAUAAGAUACACUCUUGAAAGGUAUUGCUUUGCUCCCUUCGGAAGGUUUCUUAGUAUAAAAAAUAGCAGAAGCAAGAAGGCAGUAGCCAAUGAGAUAUUAGAAAAAGCAUAUCUUAGUAAAAAAACCAAGUAUAAACAGAUUUUGGGUUUGGCUAAGCAAUUAGAUUGGUCUGAGAGGCAAGUGGAGAGAUGGCUACGGCUGCGCCGCUCUCAGGACAAGCCGUCUACUCUCACGAAAUUCUGUGAAAGUUGUUGGAGAUGUUUUUAUUACGCGUCUGCGUUCUGCUAUGGCGUUGUUAUCCUGUGGGACAAACCGUGGCUUUGGGACAUAAAUCACUGUUACUACGAUUACCCCUAUCAUCCCGUCACCAAUGACGUAUGGUGGUAUUACAUGGGGUCAAUGGCAUUUUACUGGGCAUUAAGCUUCUCUCAAUUCUUCGAUGUGAAGAGGAAAGACUUCUGGCAGAUGUUUAUUCACCACAUAGCCACGAUUUCGCUCAUGUGCUUCUCGUGGGUCGGCAACCUGACGAGGAUCGGCAGUUUGGUCUUGCUCGUGCACGAUUCCGCGGAUAUAUUCUUGGAGGCGGCAAAAAUGGCCAAGUAUGCAAAUUGCCAGAAAGUUUGCGACUGUAUAUUCGCCUUCUUUACGCUUUUCUGGAUCGCAACGCGUAUUGGUGUGUAUCCAUUUUGGAUAAUUUAUAGCACAACUGUACAGGCGCCUAAGAUAGUACCGAUGUUCCCGGCGUACUAUAUCUUCAAUUCUUUAUUAAUUUUAUUACUGUUUCUCCACGCAAUUUGGACUUAUUUAAUCCUUAAGAUCGCAUAUCGCGCCUGCAACGCUGGUCAGAUGGAGGGUGAUAUUCGCAGUAAUAGCAGCGACGAAGUAUCCGACACUUCGGUCAAUAAUACUCCCAUAAACAGUAACGCAAAUUACGUUAACAAAUCAAAUUCGAAACCAAAAAACCACUAACAACAGUGCAUGCUAUGUAGGCUAUUACCUUAAAAGCCGAUUCCAAGGUAGAAAAUUCAUCCGGACGUUCAAGCCAGGUGCUAAUCUUCCUUCCUACGAGUAUAAUAAAAUCUUGAAUGUGACUUUAAUCCUGUAAUCUGAGCCGCUAACGUUAACGCGCCUAUUUAAUCUCUCGUGAAAUUGAAAUAUAUACUUUCUCCCGUUUCCCCUUCAUUGGUGUUUCCCUGAAAGCAAUCCAGUGCUUCGUCACAAGUCCGCCUUUGUCACAAUCCUCUCUCAGUUUUCAACCAUGUAUUUGCGUUUGAGAAUAAACAAUAUACAAGUAUAUAUACACAAAGGACAACGAAAGAAAGAAAAGGAAAAACAAGUAGGGACAUACCCCGAGAAUAUCAAUGAUUAUUCGCUAAUUUAUAUGAUUCCACGUUAUUUAAGAAUUCAAUUAUAAAUAUACAUUUCUUUCCGAACGAAUUCUUAAUGCUUAGUUAAGAUAAGAAUGGACCAAAGCCGCCAAGACGUUCGGCGUCUGACCUCCGUCAAUUUUCUCAGAGUCUAAUAUCUCCUAACUACUUUGAACAAAAAUGUAUUUAUUUAUUUUCGUAUACUUUGUGAGCGUCAGUCAGUGAUUGAUAAGCAUAAGAGUAAUUCGAUUAAUAAUAAAUUUCUAUUAAUCACAUACGAUUUUAUCUUAUUUUCAUCUUUCGACACGAAACUUCAACUUCGAACUGUGCGCCAGUGCAUAAUUCACAAGUUGCGACAAUAUAGUUUAAGCCUAAGCGCAUCGCUCGAGUCGUUAACAGAGAAGGCAAUUUUUUAAUAUAAUACAUAGGUCACCAAAUAAAUGUUACGUAAAUUGUACGUUGUGUACUUACGCACGAAUCUUCACGAAUCAUCGGUAUUAAUUAUUCUUACGUAAUAGCGGCACGCAUAAUCCUCGUGUAUCUCCACAAUAAAACUUCCCUGCUGAUUCUCA